GAUUGACAGGUGUACUUUAAAUAUUUGAAAAUCCUUAUAUAUUUUAUAAGUUGUCUGAGAACUGAUUUCAUAUAAGAAUGGGUAGGAUAAAAUCUAUAGAAGCUAAGCUAAUAAACGCAGAAAUCGAAAGUAGAAUAAAGAAAGAAUGCACAAUAAAAAACAUUGGUAAAAAGUUGUACCUCAAAACUGAAAGAAAGUUCAAAGAAAAUCAUUUAAUUGAUGUUAUGGCGCAAAAUCAACUUUGUAUACAAAUUACAAGGGACAAACUAAUAGAAUACUUAUUAAAAAAAGAAACUGAAAAAGUCAUGGGUAAAACUUUAAAUAUAAAAGAAAAUAUAGAGGAAACUUCGGACGAAGAUGAACAAGCAUAUAAUAAAUGGCGCAAAAAUAAUAAAUUUAAGAUGCCUACUGUUUCUUCUAAGAAAAUGAUGGCGUUUUUGGAAAAAAUGGAUGAGGUUGAAGUUAAGAAAAACGCUGUAGAACAAUGCACAUCAAAAAUGAAUUCACAAAGUAGAUUAAGUUGGAACUCGCCCAAUUGUUUAAUGAAAGCUAUUACUCACAGUAUUUUACACAGGAAAUGGUACAACUUAACAAAAUUAUUACUUAUCCUAGUCCAUUGGACAAACAUUAAAUUAUAUAGACCUAUUGUUUUUGAUUAUUGUGAAAAAAUAUUAAACAAUUAUCACCCUCUAAUUGAAGAGAGUGGACUUAAGGACCAAUUUCAAAUGAUAUUGAGAAGGAAGGACUGAAUAUAUUAUUGUUAUUAUAUUUUUUGUAAUAUAAAAAAGACUUGUUUUAUUUUAAAACCUUUUAUUUAGCUUAA